AUGAAUCAAGACCAAGAACAGUCGGACAUAGAUGUAGAUCUAAACGAUCUCAGGGUCGAACAGGAGAUUGACGAACUCGAGGAAGAUGAUUUCGCCUCUGCAAGCGACGAAAUUGAAGGCGGGAUUUACGAUGUUGCAUUGCCUGAGCCCAUAGUACGAAUGGUUACAACAAAACAGUUGCAUCGGAUGAUUCAUGAGGGUGAAGUUGACAUCAGUCCACCAUAUCAGAGAGAUCCAGGCGACGUAUGGACAGACUCGAAGCGGACUGGUUUGAUUGAUUCUAUAUUUCGCAAUUUUUUCAUUCCACCUGUUAUUUUUGCCGUUACAAUGGAGGAAAAUGAAGAAGUUCGUACAUGCGUUGACGACAAGGACAGUAGAAAUGGAAAAAAAUACUGGUACACUGCUCCAGCCAACUCUGGAAAAGUCGAACUCCCCGAGUUUUUCAAGGAACAAUUCCAGAGGAAAGAGAUUACAGUUGUCGAAUUCCACGGUAUUGCUCCAGGGACAGAACGAGAACUAUUCCAGAGAGUACAAUUGGGUAUGCCAUUGACUGCAGCAGAGAAAGUUCAAGCAGUCGCAUCACCAUGGGCCGAGUGGAUUGGGCAGCUAAUAACCAGGCAUAUUUCUACGGAAGACGGCUUGGGUCACAAACUAGACUGGGACAUUAACAGAGGGCGAGAUUUCCAAAAUGUUGCCCAUAUGAUUUUUUGCUGCGACGGGAUAAAAGAGCAGCCACUUCCUACUGCACAGAAGAUAGAACGAUGGAUACAUCGCGAAGAUCAUCCUUCGAGGCAAUUUCAAGAAGAUAUAGAUAGAGUGCUUAGGUGUUUGUGGGUGAUUGCAAAUGAAAAACGAUACUCGGACGCGUUCGUAAAAGUGCAACAACGGAUAGCACCAGUAGAGUUCAUCUUCAUCGGCGUCUUGUUAUAUGUUUUGAAGAGAGAAAAUUACGAAACACAGUCAAAGGCGAUCUACACUCUCCGGAAAACCAUUCGGUCAGAAUUUAAAGACAUCCGCAACAAUGGCGAUGUGGGCAAAGCAAUGUGGAGACAUAUCAAUGAACUUCGAGAACGGCCGCAUGCAACCCAACUAUCAAAUUAUACCUUUGUCUCGCCCAUCAAAACCACCAAACGCAAGAGGAACAGCGGAGUCGACGAGGACGACGAGGAAUUCCGACCCAAACCCAUCAGGUCAAUCGGGAAAGCCAUCAAAACGCGAGCAAAACGCACAUAG